GUCGCGUCGGUAGACGGGCAUUAUCAUCAUGCAGGAUACAUUGUUGCACUUGCCGCCGCAAUGAUGUACGCGUACGAAUAAGAGAGAGACGCUGCAGGUACGGCGAGAGAUUAUUUGCUUUUAAACGGAUCCCCACGUAUUGUUGCAUCAUGUCGGGAGGGGAUCUUCGCGUUCUUCACCAGGAGCCCGGGCAGGAGAGCCCGAGGAUGCCGGCCUGGAAACGCGAGAUCCUUGAGCGAAGGAAGGCGAAGGGCGGCGGGGCAGGUGCCGAGUCCGUCGCAUCUCGACUUAACGGCGAGGCAACGGCAAUCAGAAGCAAGGAUGAUACUACCGGCGAACAUUCAAGCAGGAACCACACCAUUACUCCCGCCAGUCAGCAUUUUGCUGGCAAGCGUACGACCAAAAGCCCGGAUCUGUCACCGGUGAAAACAAAAGACCACUGGCAGUCCGCGGACGCGAGCGACUCGGAGGAGAGAACGGUAAGAGACAACGGAGCGCAGGAGAGCCUGGUGCUGCAUGAGAGCUUGGGUCCGCUGCAGGAAAACCCGUUCAUUAAACUAGAGAAAGAGCGCAAAAAACGCCAGAGCCAAGAGAACACAACCCGUCCCGUUCAACACAUCUUGGAGUUAUACGGUAGCGUUCCCGGAUUGCGGACUAUACGCGCUGAUAAUAUCAUCAUCAUUGAAUCUGACCCGGAUUACUUUACGGAAGGAUGUGGUUUGAAACAUGCAUCAAAACCGCAGCAGAACGGCUCGGUGAGCGGAUAUAGUUCUCUUAAUGACCUGUUAGACCGGAGAGGUAGUCCGGUUACCGAGAUACGGGCCAAGGAGGUGGUCGUUUAUGAUACGGGGCUAAGUAAAAGUGAGGAGAACCUCAGUACGCUGGGACGGCCGGAUCCCGCCCAUCUAGAGGGUCAGGGCAGGGUGAGUCGCAUGCUACAGAAAUUUGACAGAAAUUAUGGGAGGUUGCAAACCAAGUCACGCAGCACAGAAAACCUCCUGGACUUGGAUUCUAGUCCUGUCCGCCCAAGAUCCAAACACCAGCCAGAUGUGGUGCCAAAAGCUUGUCAGCAACCCGGAUCUCCUGUCCGUGCCUCAUACGGCAAAGUCUUCCAGAACAACCAGUCUUCCGUAACCAAUCAUCACGGCUCUCCCAGUGACUCUGGGAGCAGUACACCUGCGUCCGGAUCCCCUCUGUUGGUGUCUUCCGCACGUAGACGUUUCGUAGGGAAUGGGGGGUGGAGCGCGACUGUGCACUCCACGGAAGACAGUGAGCGAUCUCCGUCCAAGUAUGUUCGAGAACAAGACUGGGACAGCACAGAUGGAGCAUCCAAAGCCAAGGUGCCAUGCUCUCCGGAGAGCCACCGUGCCCGUGCCGACUGUACUCCCAGCCCCACGUCGCCCCCUUUAUCACCUAGCUUUGAGAUACGGCCCUCCCCUCGCCCGGAUCUUUCUCUCCUUCCGGCUGGUGACAUACAGGCCCGUGCGCUCGCCAACCUGCGCCUCCAGUCUCGCAAUUCCUUCACUGUCAUUCCCAAGAGUCGUGCGGCCAUCUCAUCCCCAGGAAACACAGCGCCCCCCAGCCCUGUCCUUUCACCCCAAUACCCACGACCCCUGGGGGGCGUGGUGGUUUCAGAACCCGCAGUGCCAACCCCUCUGUCGCCCACUUCUAUAGCACAUCCCAUACCAAAACUUACAGAGAAGGUGAAUGUGGAAGCCAAAACGGAGUCUUCACAAUACACCCCAUCUGCCAUACCCAGCUCACCCGCUCCAUCGUCUCCCCCAUCAGCCGGAUCUCCCGUCAAAUCGGUUCCAUCUAAAGAAGAAUCACCGGCUGAUAAGCUGCCGGUAACUAACAUCGAUGACAUUGUUAUUGAGCCCACACCACCACCUCCAAGCCCUGCGGUGCAGAGGCGCAAAGGUAAUACGUUUACAGUGGUUCCAAAACGAAGGUCCGAGGCCCAGCCCACCACUCCUGAUAUCCAGGAGCCUGCCACAGACUCUCUGAGCACGUCACCUGUCUCACAGCCCCCCUACGCCCAACUGGGCACACAGCUUAAGAAGCGCUAUCCCGCUUCAGAGGAGAUAGAGGUCGUUGGGGGCUACCUCUCCCUUGGGCGAUCGUGUCUCUCCAAGACAGGUUCAACAGGGAAAAAGCUGAAAAUAUCCUUCAAUGAGUCUAGCCUGCAGAGCACUUUUGAAUAUCCGUCGGAGAACAGCGUUUGGGACAGUGGAGAGGAGGAUGAGGAAGGAGAGGGAAGAGGAGGAGAAGAUGGAAAGAUCAGCUCUGGGAGGAUAAACAUUCCCCGCGCCAGCUACACCAGCUCACCCACUCACUCCAACAACGCCACGGAUUUGUCCAGUUACACACCUAAACACUCAGUGGAUUUUAACACAUGGCAAGAACACAAGCUCAACGAGACUGCUGUCAGAGAGGAAGAUCAUUCGCAAAGUACAGACGAGGUCAUGCUGACACCUGCUGAUAGCUCCUCACUGUCAGACUACAGCAGCGAACCAGCCCUCUUCUUCUAAGCCUUCCAGACAUCUGGGAUAUACCGGACCAACCACUGCCUGCCCUCACCAGCCUGGAUACAAAGCAACACGUCGUCCUGAACAACAGGACAAGUAGCAACCAGCACGUAAACAUACAUUCCAUAUUCUGUGUGUUCAUACAGCAUCAACAGCAGGACUGUCCACAUCCUACACAGCCGAUCAUCUGUCAUUCACUAAUUUGACUUCCUGUUGCCACCGAUUGUGAUUGUGAUGGACGCUGUAAUGUGGAAAACAGCUUGAAUAGCCAUUCAGCCGUUCAAUUCUCUUGCGUCAUGUUAUGCGCUAUGUACUGUAUGUAAUCCUCACCUCAUAAAAGUGACCAAAUUCCUAAAAGAUGGAAAGCUUGGCUGUCUUUAAAUAGAAAAGGAAACUGUGUCUAAUGUCACUCCACAAAUAGGAUAAGUGCGUAGUACAUCAAAAAUGAAAACAAGAUGACCGUUGACGGGUGCCACGAUCUUUGUUUUUUGUGACUUUUUGUAUGUGCAUGUGUAGGUCUCUGUGAAUAGGGCUACCAACUGUAUAAUUUCUCAGUUGUGUAUGUUUUCUUUUGUGGUUCAUUCAAGUUGGUAGACGUUUCUGAAAUAGACCGGAGAAAAUAUCACCCUCUAUGAUAUACAGCUGAAAUGCUAACAUGUUAAUUGUCUCGAAUUAGCAUUUCUUUGCAGACGUGUAUUCUGGUAAAUUGAAUGAGUUGGUAUGCACUUGACAUUGGUGUAACCCACCGAUAGCUAUGGGGUGAAUCUCACGAAAACAUGCUCAGGUUACAUUUUACCCCAAAAUAAAAGAAUCUGAAUUGCCAUUUUCAUUAAGACAUUGUACCAUAAUUUAAAAAAAAAACAAUACUGAAACGCAACCUCUUAACUGUCAGUGGCACAAGAGCAUACGAAUGAGAUUUUAAUAACAUUCUUGAUGAAAUGUUAUAUAGGAAUUGGGUGGAAAAUAUGUUAUAAUAAAACAGGCUUCUUUAACAUAUACAGUAUACUAUAUUACCAACACAGUCUCACAGGAAUUCGUGACAUUGUUUACUGACACGAAUUCCCCCCUAUUUUCGUGUCAGUCAGCGCGACUUUCAAUCUAAUGUAUUUUAAUACGCGAUAUCUUUCAUAUGUAUAAAAAAUGUAUAUCAACGCAAUCUGAUGGGAAUUCACCUAUUUUACACGUUGGCUCAUUCGUGUGAAUUCCUAUUUCCUACGAUCUCAUUCGUAUGUUUUCUUAUGAUUUGACUUUUCCCCUGUGAUGUUAGAUUUAGGGGCGGGGUUAGAGUAGCCAUUUAUCGUUGUUUUGCCACCUCGUGAAACUCGCGUUUUUAGCAAAAUUAGCCUUUGCGGCUGUGAUUUUAGGGUUUCAGGUGAAGUAAGGUGUUGGUUAGCCACAUCCUAAAAUAUGUACGACUUCUUUUGAUAUCAGGUUAUAAAUAUAUAAAUGUAAAUACACACGCAGUCUGUGUAUUGAAAGUCGUGCUGAGUGACACGAAAAGAAAGUCGUGCUCACUGACACGAAAAAAUGGGGAUGUUCGUGUCCAUAAACGCGAAUGAAUAGAUUCCAAAUUUCGUGUCGACUCUAUGCCACGAACUGCCGUGAGACUUGGUUGAUAUUACAUUAUACUAUAUAAAGAAUUUUCACAGACAUGUUCUUGGCUGGUUUUCGUGAGAUUUAUUCUACAUUCAGACUUUGAGAUUAACAGUUGGUGCUGCCAGCUAAUGCAAUUUGUCAGUUGUCUUGUACUUCAACUGUUUGUCUUUUCAUCCUUGUUCUUGCAGUACAAAAAAGGAGUGGACAAUUUUAAUCAAAAAGGGAACAUUUUGUUUGUGAGUGGGCCAUGUGUGUGUAUGUGUGAACGAAGACUGACAAUGUAUGCAAUGCCAAUUGACUGUAUCAAACAGAUGUAUCUUAUCUCUUAACUGGCUUUGCCGUACCUGCUCACCUGUUUCCUGAAGCCUCUCCAACCAGUAUUGAUGUACAGUUUGUACAUUCCAGGAUGUUCCCUAAUUUAUCUUUUUUCAUGUUUUAAGUCAAUGAGCAAACAUCUGAAAUGAAAAAUAGCAGGUGCUUCGGGAUCUUGUUUUGUUUAUAAUUUUACAUCAUGUAUUAGGUUACAUGAGUUCUGUUAGGUUAUCUUAUAAUUUUGUCCUGUACAUUUGUAUUCAUUCAUUUGCACUCUGUUUUUGCUUUAUUUUGCACCUUACACAGUCGUGGUUGACAGCUGGAAGCUUCUCGCUCGGUUAAAAUAACCUUGGUCUUUUACAUAUACAUCUUCACAAACUUUUAGGUUCUUUAUUUGUUUUAGGUUUAUAUUGGUAUGUUUUCAGCAAUUGAAAACUAUCCAUGUUGGUACCCAAAAUCAGACUAGAAACACAGAUUUACACUUACUAGGCCAAAACUGUGAUGACCUAUACAUUCUGUUCUCUCAUACUCUUUUAUUAUUUAAGACACUGGCUUUGUUCACUCUGCACAGUUAUGAUUUGUUUCAUUUUAAGAACAGAAUUCAGUCUCAAGUAUGUUCUGUAAGUUUAGACAGUUAUUUCAGACACUCAAUAUCCAGUAUAUCUACACUGGUUGCCAUAGUAAUGACGUAAAUGUCAACAUCAUGCCAAGAGUCUUUGUGGAAGAUAUAACAGAAAUCUGAGAGUGUCCUGUGCUCAUGUCUAGUCAUAUCGACAUAUUGUUGUGGUUCCUGAUGCAUUUCUGUAUUUUAUAGACAUUUGUGAAUGAAUUGGAACACAGUAGACAUGUAUGUACAUUGUUAAUGCUAUUAAAUGUUAUGUCCUGAAAAAACAGUUCUGACCAUUUAGACAAAGACAUUUUCCCAAAAAUCCUAAUGGGAUUUUGAUUGAAUUUUAAACAAACAUAUGAACGUGGCUUUUAUUUACAUUACCAACAACUAAAUGGAUUUGAGAAAAACAAAUCCGAUUUUGGCUGCCAGUGUGAACAAAACCAUUUUAUACAAUAUUACCAAAUGGGGAAAUUUUACAUUAGAAUAAAACUUUGAAAUAAGUGUUGUCGAAUUCAAGUCUUGCAUUGUGGUACCACAAUAAGUUUCUUUAGCACAGAUAAUUAAAAUGUUGUUAGCAAACAUACAAUAUUCAUGAGGGAUGUAUAUUAUAAGCUGGAAGGGGUUGGAAACUAUUGAUUUUGUGUCUUAUGAUGCAACUCCAAGUGCUUCAUUAGCUCCUGUAACUCCAGCCAAGCAUCAAGCUGCUCAUUACUCUGGUGGGAAGUUAUUGUACUGUAUGUCAAACCUUUUCUCGUCCUUUCUGUUUACUAUGUCAAGAGAAUAUUAAAUAGUCAAAUUGUUUUUGAGGAAUUCAAAGGAAAAAAUAUCAGAAACAAGGAAAUGUUCAAUAAACAGA